AUGAAGACUUUACUGAUAGGGAUCUCACUAGUUCUGUCGAUGAUCGUCAGCAUUCAUAGUGAAGAUCCUACAUCGACGUCUGCGGUUACAACAUCGGAAGAGAUCCUUGCUUCGAGUCCGUCACCUUCAACAGCACAACCUUCGACACCGAAAACUUCUACAACUGUAGAAUCGAAAGAGAGUACGUCAAUCCAAAGCACUACAUCGAAAUCUGAGUCGACAUCAAUCCCACUUACUGGUCCCUCCUCUACGAAUGCAGUUGAUACUUCAAAAACGCCGAUGACCUCAGACCCGGCAACAUCUCCCGCCAUUGUCACAACUCCGUCCGAGGUGGUAACUACUACAAAAAUACCGGAUCCAACAACCAUGAUAUCAGGAAGUACAGAACCUCUCGGGGACAUGACGGUAACAAGUCCAGCUGAUAAGAAGACAACGAAAGAAACUGAGGCAACUGCGGUAAGUGCUAAGGAUAGCACUGCUCUUCCCUCUACUUCGGAGAAGUCACCCAUUACCGCUUCGGUAACCUCAGGUAAUUUACCCACUGCUAUUCCUGAAACUACGAAAGGAAAGUUAUCCACUCCUACUUUUGUAACCUCAGCGCAGUCAGCAACCGUGGGAAGUGUUUCUGUCACAGCCACUUCGAAAGUUUCUACGAUUACGACCACAGGUGCAGACCACGUCGGGUCUUCUGUUUCUGUUACUGUGGAAAAAUCGACAUCUGGGAUUCCUUUCGAGUCCGGGACGACAGCAAGUGGAAGACCUGAUAUAACAGUUAGUUCUGCGACACCCGCGCAGGAGGUAUCCACGCCUGGGCAAUCAACAGAGGUGCAUACACAACCAACACUGAUUGUCCCCAGUACGACCACUGAAAACUCUGCUGUUGUUUCCCUCACAAAUCGAGUAAUCUUUGUCUUAGUGUUGAUUGUUUUAUUACAUUAA